AUGGUCAAAGAUCUUGAAAAAUUCCAUUGGCCUAUCGGGAACUUGGCUCUUCUUCAUUAUAUAUACUGGGAAAAACUUGAGCCAAUUGGUCUGGAUGCAUUUGAUCCUUUGUCUCGUGAAUACCCACUAAUGCUUAACUGGCCAGAAACGGAAGGGAAAAAGCGAGACAACUAUGACAACAUACACGGGCGGGGUACCGGCAAUAUUGAAAACUGCAUUAGCGAAGAGUACAGACGUGCUAAGGUUGCACGUGAAGGGACUGUCCCAGAGGAAGAAACGAAGAAAACUAAACGGAAAGGUGGUGGCAGGAGUAGAAAGCCAAGCACGUCGGCGGUUUCAUCGAACACGAAUUAUAGUAUGGACCGUGUGAUGACAUACAUAAAGCUGCUUCACAAGGAGAUGGUAAUGGAAAGGUUGAACACGGAAGGUGUGAUGUACAAAUCCAUUAAGAGGGACAACGUUGACGAAUUUGAUGAUGUAGGUGAAGGAGUUGGGAUGAAGAAUGGCAAGUACAAGUCAUCAAAAUAUUGGCCAGAUAUUGAAUCACCUACGGACGUAAAGAUAGGAACAUCUUUCACGGGUAUGAAUGAUACCUUCGUGCCCGUUGAUGACACGGGUGCUCCGGCGACGACACCGGGUAAAGGUGAUGCUACUGAUCCUUUCAUUAUAGACGAUAAUGGAAACUCUCCAUCUUCGGCAUCAACUGUACGGACAAAAGACUUUCCGCCUAUGUCCCGAACCCUGCAGAAUGCUGACAUUUCUGGUGAGUCUAUGGGUGGUUUGUCACCAACAAAGUCCGAAGAAACGUUUGAGAGUUUCCCGGCAAAGAGCAACAUAGGUAAUGGUGAAGGCAGUCAGGACAAUGAAGAUCUGUUUGCAUCGUCACCACAUUCAAUUCUAGCAAGUUCUCUUAAUAUGACUCCGGAUCGCAUAGAGGCAGCCAAAGUUUUUGUUGAGACUCUUGCAUCGUCAAAGAAACAUGCGCACAAAACCGUGGUUAAUGUGCCGCCACCAGAUGGGGACAUAUGCACGCCAGCAAUGCUUCAUGAUGUCCUCACGUUUAAAUGGUUGAAUGGCGUUAGAGCUGAAAUUUCUAAGGAUAUUAUGGAGGCCAACUCAACUCUUCAAGCAAAAAAAUAUCCAGAUGUCUCAUCGUGGCCAAUAAAUGAGUACGAAAUGCCGAGACAAAAAGAUGGAGUGUCAUGUGGACCUUUUGUGAUGCGGUGCAUAAAACACUGGGACGGAGAUCGCUGGACAUAUGAAUUUGACCAGGAAGAGAUUAAUGAGUAA